AUGGCCCGUAUCACGGCCCAGAAGCGCAAGAGAGCCACAUCAAGGCAAUCAGUUCCAAAAAAGAAGGCCGCACCCUCAGCUAAAUUACAACCCACCGAGGCCCCACCCUCUGAUCUUUCAGUCCAUUUGCAAAAUGGAUCAGACGAUCAAGCAGGGCUUGUCUUGCAAUCACCGAGGCUUAAAACUCCCAGUUUAAAUCCUCAAAUAUCACCGGCUCAUUCGCAUGAUGAGAGUCCCGCAAAUCUAAAUAGCCCUUCUAUCUCGUUGUCUGCCGAAGGAGAUUCUGGAAUAUCGCUUCCUAUCGAUGAUCAAGAUACUCUUUCACCGAAAGAGAAUGAUACCGGUGUAUUUUCAACUGAAUCCAGCGUCCUGAUCAAUGUCUCAAAAGAAGACAGUCAAGUUCCUGGAGGGGCUUCUUACAGCAAUCUUGCUAACCCAUCUCAAUCUAAGGAUGCUGCAACUUUCAUUGAACUUCCACAUAAUCUGGGCCCAAUUACUGUUCCUCAAGCCGGCAAUUCUACGAUCCCAACUGAAAGUCCUGUUCAAGGUAGUCAAGCUUCCAAAGAGCACAUCUCCCAUGAAGAAGCUGCAGAUAUUCAUCCUUCAAUUUAUGCAGCUGACACUCACAAGACUGGAGAUUUGACACCGAACAAGAAACUGAUCAAGAAGAACACUUAUGGGUUGACGCCUGGCAACACACCGUUUCCGAACCACAAACAUCCAACCCCGAAGGAAUGCAAAUUGGUCAAUGAGCUUCUAUCCAAAGCUCACGGAGAAGUAAUUGCCCCCGCAACCAUUCCAGAGCCUUCCUUAACGGUCACCGGUUGUGGCGAAGUUCCAUCUGUGCUGGAUGCUUUGAUUCGCACUCUUCUCAGUGGUGCCACCACCAGUAAGAAUUCUGCCAGAGCCUUCAAUGGCCUGGUACAGCGUUUCGGUAUCCUAGAGGAUGGAAUUGGAAAAGGAAGCGUGAAUUGGGAUGCUGUGCGACAAGCUUCUGUCAAGGAUGUUUUUGAAGCAAUCAAGAGCGGGGGGCUUGCGGAUAUCAAAAGCAAAAAUCUCAAACUGAUCUUGGAUCAAGUCUACAAUGAGAACCAGCUCCGCAAAAAUCAACACCUUGCAGAGGAAUCGUCUACCGAAGAUGAACCAUCGAAAUUAUCGUCACUCAAAGGCAAAGCUGCUGCGGGCAUCAGAGAUUAUGAUAUAGCCAGUGCCAAUGAGCACUUUCUCAACCUGAAUUACUUUCAUAAAUAUGACACCCAAAAGGCUAUGAGAAAGCUGGUUCAAUACCCUGGCAUUGGCCCUAAGACUGCAGCUUGCGUUGUUCUCUUCUGUCUCCAGAGGCCUUGCUUUGCCGUGGAUACGCAUAUCUUCAGGAUAUGCAAAUGGCUGGGGUGGGUCCCCCCAAAGUCCAACGAGAUUACUGCCUUUAGCCAUUUGGAUGUGAAAAUCCCUGACGAGUUUAAAUACUCCCUCCAUCAAUUAUUCAUCAAACAUGGGAAGGAGUGUGGUCGCUGCCGUGCCAUCACAAGCCCUGCCAGUGCGGACUGGGAUACAAUCUGUGUCAUUGAAAGUUUGGUCAAACGGACCGGAAAGAUGAAGGGCGGGGCACCUCAGGCUCUCAAGCGUCGGGCAACUGGUGCUCCAAAAGUCAAAGUCGCUUUGAAAGAAAAUAACCCAGAGCUGGUAGCACUCAAAGCGGAGGAAUCUUCUCGAAACAAGGUCAAGAAAGCCCAUGCCACGAAGAAGACAGCAGCAAGGCAUGUCAAGACACAAACGAAGGAUCACUCUGCUGCUGUGGCACCUCUGGAAAUGCAGCCUCUUCUCAAUGAAACGCAGGCAACUGUAAUGCAAGAAUCGGAAACAGACAGGCCAGCUACAGCAACUGCUUCAACUCCUCUUAGGAAACCACCGGCUCGUAAAGCAAAGUCCUCAUCUUCAGCUGUCGGUAAUUGGAAAUUAACGCAAUCUUCACAUGGAAAGAAAAAGGUCGAAAAAGUGAAGAAAUCAAACCGAAAAGCUUAUGCACCCGCCAACGAAGCCCCUCGAAAGUCUUUGAGGCUAAGGCUCAGAACGAACGUCCACGGAGAUAAUGUUGGUGGGAACAAGACAUGA